AUGUGGUCCUGGUUCGGCGGUGCUGCCGCUCAGAAGCGCAAGGAUGCGCCCAAGAACGCGAUCCUCCUGCUGCGAGAGCAGCUGGACAUGCUGCAGAAGAGAGAAAAGCACCUGGAGCAUCUGAUGGAGGAACAAGAGGCAGUCGCUCGAAAGAACGUCUCGACAAAUAAGAAUGCUGCCAAAGCCGCUCUGCGAAGGAAAAAGGUCCACGAGAAGAACCUCGAACAGACAACCGCGCAGAUCGCCCAGCUCGAACAGCAGAUCUACUCGAUCGAAGCGGCGAAUAUCAACCAGGAGACGCUGAACGCAAUGAAGGCGGCCGGUGCUGCCAUGACACAGAUCCAUGGUUCGAUGACGAUCGACAAGGUCGACGAGACGAUGGAUCAACUCCGGGAACAACACCAACUCAGCGAGGAAAUCGCACAGGUCAUCACGAACAACCCUCUGGGCGAGCAGCCCGACGAGACCGAACUGGAGGCGGAACUCGAGGGUCUCGAACAGGAGGUCAUGGACGAGCGCAUGCUCAAGACCGGGUCGGUGCCCGUCGCCGAUCUCAACCGGUUACCUGCCGCCGGCAACAGAGAGCUCGAAGCCAAAACAAAGCAGGCGGAAGAGGAAGACGAGGAGGCAGAACUGGAGAAGCUGCGCGCGGAGAUGGCCAUGAGCUGA